UAUUUCCGUCAAUUCCAAAAGCUUGGCGACCACACGCAUAAAUAAAUAACCCAAUUAAACCCUCAGUUCCUUCACACCAAAGCCAUGGCGGAAGACAAUCAGAUGGUUCCGUUACCACCGCUGAAACUUAACCCAAGAAACGAUGAGGAAUUCGCCGCCGUAAAACCCCAGCAAGAAAAAAGCAGUAAAUGCCUCGUAUAUCUUCUUGCAGGAAUUGUCAUCCUCAGUGCUAUCUUCCUCGUUUUUGCACUUGUAGUAAUGCGUCCGAGAACUCCCCAUCUCGAAUUGAGCUUGGUUUCAGUGAAAAAUCUUGUCUAUACUAAUAAUAAUGCGUCUUUCCCUUCCUUUAAUAUGACUCUAGAGGCCGAGUUCUCGAUCGAGAAUCCGAAUUUUGGGAUGUUCAAGUUCGAGAAUUCGACUGCAAAUGUGUUAUAUGGAGGCACGACAGUGGGAAAAGCGAUAAUAGGCAAGGGGCUAGUCAGAGCUAGAGGGAAAGAAAAGAUAAAGGUUAAGGUGGAUGUGAGAUCAUAUAGAUUAUCGGAUACUGAAAAGUUAAGCAAGGACAUAAAUUCGGGGAUUUUGAAGUUGAACAGCCUUGCCAAGUUCAGUGGAAAAGUUAAGUUUUGGCAGAUUGUAAAGAAGAGGAGAACUGCUUCCAUAAAUUGUAGUAUGAGCCUUAAUUUGACAAGCCAUGCUUUUGAGCUUCAGGAUUUGAUAUGUAGCUAAUAGGGUUGAAUUCCUUUGUUAUCUGUUUCUAAACAAUUUUGAUGAAGCUACAUAUAUAUUGAGUAAAUACUUGUAUCAACUCUUUCA